GCUUCAUGGAGCGGCCGGGGCUCGGCCGCCCGGGGCAGCGCGAUCCUGCGGGGCCCUGUGAGCCCCCAGCGCCGCGGCACGAUGCAGGAAUUGGUCCCAGGGGGUGAAUCAGAGUGAGUCAGAAGAAGGAGAAGGGCGGAGCUCAGUGCCACGUCCCAGCUCUACUGGCCAGCAGCCCUGGGACAGACUCCUGAGUGGUGCAGAGAACUCAAGGAAGGUGAAGCACAGAUUGCUGGUUGAAAAGACAACCGACUCCCCGGCGGCAGAGUUCUCGCUGGUGGAGGACGUGGCCCUGCACUUUGCCUGCUUGAUGGGCCGCCUGAAUGAGCAGCGCCUCUUCCAGCCAGACCUGUGUGACGUGGACCUGGUCCUGGUGCCCCAGCGCAGCGUGUUUCCUGCACACAAGGGCGUGCUGGCUGCCUACAGCCAGUUCUUCCACUCGCUCUUCACACAGAACAAGCAGCUGCAGCGCGUCGAGCUCUCCCUCGAGGCGCUGGCACCCGGAGGCCUGCAGCAGAUCCUCAACUUCAUCUAUACGUCCAAGCUACUGGUGAACGCGACCAACGUGCACGAGGUCCUCAGUGCCGCCUCCCUCCUGCAGAUGGCUGACAUUGCUGCCUCCUGCCAGGAGCUGCUGGAUGCCCGCUCCUUGGCACCCCCGGGCCCCGUGGCCCUGGCCCAGCCAGCCACCAGCUGUGCCCCAGUACCUGCAGCGCCCUACUACUGCGACAUCAAGCAGGAGGCAGAUGCUCCGGGCCUGCCCAAGAUCUAUGCCCGUGAGGGCCCUGACCCCUACUCUGUGCGUGUGGAGGAUGGGGCAGGGACUGCUGAAGAUGCAGGCCCUGCCACCCCUGGGCAAGUGCAGCCACUCUUCAAGGAGGAGAAGGAAGGGGCACCUGAGGAGGCAGGGGUCCCUGGUGGCCUGUGCAAGCUGGAGGGUGGAGAGGGGCUGGAGCCGGAACUGGGUGCCUCAGGUACCUAUGGGCGCCAGGAGCAAUCACAGAUCAUUGUGGAGGUGAACCUCAACAACCAGACUCUGCAUGUGUCCACUGGGCCCGAGGGCAAGCCUGGAUCUGGGGCCAGUCCAGCCACCAUGGUACUAGGCCAGGAGGAUGGGCUACAGGGACACUCAGAUGAUGAGGAGGAGGAGGAAGAGGAAGAGGAGGAAGAGGAGGGAGGAGGGAGUAGAGGCAGAGAGGAGGAAGAAGAGGAGGAGGAAGAAGAAGAAGAGGGAGGUAGCCAGGGAGAGGAGGAAGAUGAGGAGGAAGGACCCAGCGAACAGGAGGAUGAGGAUGAGGAGGAUGGGCCCAGUGAGCAGGAUGCAGAGAGCUCAGAGACAGGUGAAGCUGAGGGCAGGCAGGGCCCUGCAGGUCCUGGGGGGCACCAGGGCAGCCAGGUGGACCCUCCUUUGCACAGCCGCAUGGCCACACGGUCCCGUGGGGAGAACGCCCGGCAACGAGUCACCCCUGAGCCUGAGGAGGUAGGGCGUCGAGGUGGAAAGAGGCCCAAGGCCUCUGGAGCGGCUCCAGCACCCCAGGCCCCUGAUGGGCUAGGGGCCAAGGUGAAGCUGGAGGAGAAACAGCACCACCCAUGCCAGAAGUGCCCUCGGGUCUUCAACAACCGCUGGUACCUGGAGAAGCACAUGAAUGUGACCCACAGCCGCAUGCAGAUCUGUGGCCAGUGUGGGAAGCGUUUUCUGCUGGAGAGCGAGCUGUUGCUGCAUCGGCAGACAGACUGUGAGCGCAACAUUCAGUGCAUGACCUGUGGCAAAGCCUUCAAGAAGCUCUGGUCCCUGCAUGAGCACAACAAGAUCGUGCACGGCUAUGCAGAGAAGAAGUUCUCCUGCGAGAUCUGUGAGAAGAAGUUCUACACCAUGGCCCAUGUGCGCAAGCACAUGGUUGCCCAUACCAAGGACAUGCCCUUCACCUGCGAGACCUGUGGGAAGUCGUUCAAGCGCAGCAUGUCACUCAAGGUGCACUCUCUGCAGCACUCAGGGGAGAAGCCAUUCCGCUGUGAGAACUGCAAUGAGCGCUUCCAAUACAAGUAUCAGCUGCGGUCCCACAUGAGCAUCCACAUCGGCCAUAAGCAGUUCAUGUGCCAGUGGUGCGGCAAGGACUUCAACAUGAAGCAGUACUUCGACGAACACAUGAAGACCCACACAGGGGAGAAGCCGUACAUCUGUGAGAUCUGCGGGAAGAGCUUCACCAGCCGGCCCAACAUGAAGCGGCACCGGCGCACGCACACAGGCGAGAAGCCCUACCCGUGCGACGUAUGUGGCCAGCGCUUCCGCUUCUCCAACAUGCUGAAGGCACACAAGGAGAAGUGCUUCCGUGUCAGCCACCCGCCACCUGGCGACCCUGCCACCCCUGCCCUGCCCACAGCACACCUGCCGCCCCAGGCUCCGCUCUUCCCUGCUGUGGCUCCUGGCAGUGCCAGACUGGACACCAACUGACCCCCAGUGGGGGCCCUCCUGGCCGGGAACAACAGGGACACAGACUGGGCCUGGGCAGCAGCCUGGUUCCUGCAGGGGUGGCCUAAGGACACACCCCUCACUAUGUGGUGGGGUGCAGGCUGGCAGCCCCCCAUUUGCCACUUCUUGAAGGCGCUACUCCUUAUUUUUGGAAGUAAAGGAAAAGAGAGGGACUGGUUAGCAGCACCCCUCCAGGUGAUGGGUGCUGAGUGCAGCAGAUACAGGGCAGCAGGUGUGGCUUUGAGCCAGGCGGGGCCUGGGUCAACCUCAGUUGUGCAUCCCAACCUCCCUGUGCUCUUAACUUGCUCCCUAGUCUAGGAGGGCUUGGGGGAGAAUUUGGGUGCACCCCUGUUGAAGAGUUGUGGACCCCAAAGGGCUGUGGACAGGGAGAAAGGGCCUGAUACAUGAAUGGCUGGGUGGGAAAUGGCAGGAUGUGAAGACUGUAGACCUCCCUCUGCAUAGUGAGGAGUGGGGCUGGUGGGGGCUGGCCCCCAUGAGUUUUCCUACUAAUAUCCCUGCCAGGCAGGUCCAGGGGUCCCCAGCCUGCACCAGGCUUUUGAAGAGCCCCAGAUUAUGGAGAAGUUACUCCAAGAUGUUGGACCUCAGGGUGCUGGGUGGGUAGAGAAGCUGACUCCUCAGCCCCAGCUUCCAGGGUCCUGGAGGUUGAGACCCCAGAGCAAGUGGUUCAGGGUUUCACGGUGCUAUCUGUGGGGUAGGGGACAAGGCACUGUCCCUUACUAGCCUUCUUGGCUGGACCUCCCCACCAGGACACUUGUGGGUCUAUGUCUGUUCCCCUGAGGCCAGCACGAGGCCUCAUCUCCCAGGCCCAGCCACUGCCUGCCCCUUGCUGGCUCUUGGUCCCUCCAGGACUCUGCACUGGCUGGGGUGCCAUAGUCCUGCCAGGGAGAGAAGCCAGUAUAUUUAGGUCCUUAUAGGGGCUGGGAGCCUAGCCAGUGCCCAAUGCUUGCCCCUGGGAGUCAGGCACUAAUAAUAGGUGGUCCUUUUCUGUUGUCAUUUAAUGUCCUUAUUCCUGCGUUUAAAUGGGAGAAAGGUUCCAUAAGCUAUGUCCCCUAGUUCCGCUCUCCCACUGUUUAUAUGCUUCUGUUUGUUAAACUCCGCACCUUAUACCCCUUCCCUACCACCUUCCCAGCAUGGCUGCACUGGGAAAAGGCCUGUGCCCAAGGAGACUGGCAGAGGGUAUUGAAGCCCUCUGACCUCAGAGGCCCAUGGCGCUGCGCUGGGACAGAGGGCUGGGGAUAUUUUAAUCAUCAAUAAACGAAGCACUUUAUUCUAUA